AUGAAUGACACAUUUUUCACAUCUUUAUCGUGUCUCUCUACUGUGUAAACUGUAAACUGAAUAUAAAAUUUGAUAAUGGUGGACCGCUUAGUCAAUAGUGAAGCCAAUGCUAGAAGAAUUGCUAUGGUGGAAAGCUGCUUCGGCAGUUCGGGACAGCCCCUGGCAGAACAAGGCCGGGUCCUAGUAGGAGAGGGAGUUUUGACAAAGAUGUGCAGGAAAAAACCUAAGGCCCGGCAGUUUUUCCUCUUUAAUGAUAUUCUUGUUUAUGGCAAUAUAGUUAUAAACAAGAAAAAAUAUAACAAACAACAUGUUAUACCUCUAGAAGAAGUAAAAUUGGAAUCACUCAAAGAUGAAGGACAAUAUCGUAAUGGUUGGUUGAUCCGCACUGCAUCUAAAUCUUUUGCUGUGUAUGCUGCCACUGCUACAGAGAAAGAAGAAUGGAUGGCGCACAUAGAAAAAUGUAUAGAAGAUUUGCUAAGAAAGAGUGGCAAACAACCACCAUCAGAGCAUGCAGCAGUGUGGGUUCCAGAUAACGAAGCAGCUAUUUGCAUGCACUGUAAGAAGACACAAUUUACUGUUCUUAACAGAAGACACCACUGCCGCAAGUGCGGCUCGGUGGUGUGCGGGCCGUGCUCGUCGAAGCGCUACGUGCUCCGCGGCCAGAGCGACAAGCCGCUGCGCGUGUGCCUGCAGUGCUACGACGAGCUCACGCGCCACCGCGCGCGCGCCGCCGCGCCGCCCGCCGCGCCCGCGCCGCAGAACACGGGCGCGGGUUCCGGAGGCGAUUCGUCGGCCGAUGAUGAUAGCGAUGACGAUGACGACCGCGUACAACCCGACCAGAAACACGACGAGCCAAAGUUCUACAAUGACGAUGAAAAGACUGAAGAAACAAAUAACCAUUCGUCCAAGGAAACUAAGUAAAGCAAUACACCACAAUGUCCCAGUACAGAAUUAUAUGUAAUUUACAUAAAUUAUUAUAACUUUACACUCUAGUAUUAAUGUGACAUCGUUACGAAAACACUACAUAAAUCUUCCUCAAAAAUUAACAAUAAUAACUGAAAUAAUAAAAAAUCUCAUACUACCAUAUAGAUACAGAUUAUUUAAAUAAUACGAUGUGUCAAAAUCUGGUAAAAUAGGCUCUUGAGUAUAAAGUUUUAUUUAAAGAAAUAUAUAACAGUAGUUUA